AUGUUCCCAUAUUAUCACAUUGUUGAACGCGUUAUCGGAAUUUUUGGAAUAAUUAUAAACGCCACUUUGAUCUACUUGAUAGCGAAAAAGACGGUGACUAAACUGGGCAACUACAGGUUUUUGAUGAUGCAUAUAUCCUUAUUUGAGCUUGGGUUUUCCGUCCUUCAUGGAAUUACUGUCCCCAUAAUGUAUACAUCAGAAUGUAUGAACUUUUUAGUAUUGCGUGUCGACAAAAGUUUGCUUCCAAAGCCUCUACUUGAACUUCUUGCUGUCAUAUUCUGUAACAUGUUCGGCAUGUCAAUUUCUCUAUUUGCAACUCAAUUUAUUUAUCGGUAUCUGGUGUUAAGCAGAAAUAAAAUGCUUCGUCACCAUGAUGGUCGUACAAUUGUGUACAUGAUUUUGUUCAACUUACUUUUUGGUGCAGUUUGGGGAGUAUUAGCUUGGUUCACAAUGAGCCCAUUUCCGGAAGCUGAUCAAAUAUUGAGUGAAAAUUUCGCUUUGCCCAACGGUUUGAGUAUAGAGCAAGUAGCAUAUGUUGGAUUCAUAUUUUACAUCUCUGACGAAACCAGCAACAACCUACGCGUACAUUGGGAGUCUGUGAUUGGAAUUGGAAUUCAAUGUGUUUUCAUAAGCAUUUCAUUUUGCCUAAUAUUCAUAUUUGGGUUCAAGUGCUACCGACAAACUCGCAAAUUCGUAUCGUCUCAAUCAACAAACGCAAUCAACCUUAACUCACAGUUAUUCAAUGCUCUGGUUCUACAAACAAUAAUUCCAAUAUGUUUGAUGCAUUUUCCAGCUACCAUUGUAUAUAUGGCAGCAGGUUUGAACAAGUCAAAUGAGAUCUUUGGACAACUACUGUCCCUUUUUAUUUGUCUUUAUCCGGUUUUGGAUCCACUGCCAAACUUUUUCAUAAUAAAAAGUUAUCAGAAAGUUGUGAAAGAUUUCUACUCGAAAAUUCUUCGAAGACAGCCACCCAGUACUAUUGUGCGACCUGGUUCAAAUCGAACGCUGGCAUUUCCUAAUGCUUCAUCUAUUGUUCAUUUGACAUGAUAUUAAUAACCCACCACAUGAACAGGAUAUCCUUUGUUUGUCAUGGGUGCUCUUUUGUAUCUUCUAAAUCCUUGAAGUUUUUCAAUAAAUUGCACUUGUUGACU